CUCUCUAGUACUAUUUAUUAACAAAGAGUUCUCUCAUUCUCUGUCGUCUGUUUUCUGACUCCAAGAAAGAUUUGCAGUGGACAGUGAUGGGCUAUGUUUUUCAGUUGCCGAACUCUCAAACUCACUCAAAAUGUCCCUCCGAAAUCAAUUUUUGGGGUUCAAUUUGUAUCAACGUUGUCCAACUUAAAGCCCUUCAACUCGAAGCUAUCAAACUACAUGAGAAAUGGCCUUGUUGAAGCAGCCGAAAUCAUGUUCGACGAAAUGCCUCACAGAAAUACGGUUACUUGGAAUGCCAUGGUUAGAGGAUAUUUCCAAAAUGGGAUUUCCGAUAAAGCGAUAAAUUUUUAUAAUCGAAUGCCUGUUCGUGAUAUAUUUUCGUAUAAUACCAUGAUUUCUGGUCUCAUGCAUUGCGGGGAUGUCAAAGGAGCUGAAAAGGUGUUUGAAUGUAUGGGAGAUAGAGAUGUUGUGACUUGGAACACCAUGAUUUCUGGGUAUGUAAAUCACGGGAUGAUGGAUGAUGCGGUCCGGGUGUUUAAUGAGAUGCCUGAGAAAGAUGUAGUUUCGUGGAAUUUAGUGAUUGCUGGAUUGAUGAAGAUCAAGGAGGUUGAUUUGGCUGAACAUUACUUUAAGGAAAUCACUGCUCCAGAUGUAGCAUCCUGGACAAUUAUGAUAAAGGGGCUUCUUAAUGUGGGGCGUAUCGUUGAAGCGAGGCAGUAUUUUGAUAGUAUGCCAGUGAGGGAUGUUCAAGCUUGGGAGACAAUGAUGGUUGGAUAUUUAGAUAAUGGAUACAUUGAAAUUGCAGAAGCUUUGUUUCACAAGAUGCCUAACAAGGAUUCUAGUUGCUGGAACGAAAUUAUUAAUGGGUUGGUCAGUGCUGGUAAGGUAACUGAUGCUAUGAAGUUGUUCCAUGAGAUGCCUCAAAAACAUGAGAGGCUCUGGAAUCUAAUCUUGUUGUGUUUGAUAAGAAAUGGAUUAGUAAGAGAGGCUCAUGCGUUUCUGGAGAAAUACUGUCUUAGUGAUGCAGUAGCAUGGACAAAUGUGAUCAUCGGUUACUUUGAAUUAGGGGAGGUCAAGAAUUCCAUCAAGCUUUUUGAAUCGAUGCCCAUUCGUGAUACAACAGCCUGGAAUGCUACAAUAUUUGGCCUAGGAGAAAAUGAUCUCAUGGAAGAUGGUGCAAGAUUGUUUAUUAGGAUGAUCCAAGAAGGUAAUAAGCCAGAUGAAGCUACAUUUACUAGUGUUUUUGUUGUAUGUUCAAGUAUGGCAUCUUUAAAUCUUGGUAAUCAGACCCAUGCACUUGCCAUCAAAGCUGGACUAGAUGAUUUUACUCCGGUAGGUAACGCAAUAAUCAACAUGUAUUUUAGAUGUGGAAGCAUGGAGUCUGCAUUCUUUCAGUUCUCUGUAAUGUCGUGUCAUGAUAUCAUAUCGUGGAACUCCAUAAUCUGCGGAUCAGCUUACCAUGGUAAAGCUGAAAAGUCCUUGGCUAUGUUUGAGAACAUGAGAUUGACAGACGUGAAAGCCAACCAAGUAACUUUUGUUGGUGUACUGUCUGCCUGUAGCCAUGCAGGACUGGUCGAACAAGGUAAAAGCUACUUCCACGCCAUGAAAAAUGAUUACUCUCUGCUUCCCCUGGCCGAGCAUUACACUUGUGUGGUUGAUCUGUUGGGUAGAUUCGGUCUUAUAGAUGAUGCCCUGCAUAUUUUGGAUCAAAUGAAAGCAGAUGGAUUCGAGGUGCCAGCAAGUGUUUGGGGAGCAUUGCUUGGAGCCUGUAGAAUGCAUAAGAACUUGAAAGUUGGUGAGGUUGCCGGGGAGAGGAUGUUGGAAUUAGAGCCAUCCAACUCUGGCAUGUACAUGAUGUUAGCCGAAAUGUUUCUGUCUGACGGGAGAAGAAGAGACGCCGAGAAAAUGUGGGUCCGGAUGAAAGACGAGGGGGUAAAGAAGCAACCUGGAUGUAGUUGGAUUGAGUCCAAGAACAGCAGUCACAUAUUUCUUUCAGGAGAUAGGACACACCCGGAGUGUUUCAGAAUUGCUUGUGUUUUAGAGUUAUUAUAUUCCGAAAUGGGUGCCAGAACUUCUACUCUUGGAGAUUCUUCAUUUUUUGAUUUUGAAGUAUCUUAACGGUGGAUGAUUCCAACACUUUCUUUUACAUUCUAAUGAAAAUUUUACCAAAAAAGUACCAUCCAGACAUAGCCAGAUUUCACGGUUUCAGGUAAAAGCCAAUGAAUUCAAUUGUGGUUGGAUGAAAGCACGAGCUACAUCAAGUUCAUCACCCAUCACAAUGGACAAUAGUUUUAUAGAGCAAUCACAAUGGACAAUAACUGGCGCUUGAAAUGUGUGCAAUUAACGACCA